CCAAACAACGUGACUGAGUUCAUUCUUUUGGGCAUUACAGAGAACCCGGAGCAGUGGAAAAUACUCUCUGCUGUGUUUCUAACCAUGUACGUGUCCACAGUUGGAAACCUACUCAUUGUGGUAACCGUGAUCACAAGUCAGAGUCUGAGAUCACCUAUGUAUUUUUUCCUUACUAGCUUGUCCCUCAAGGAUGCCACCUACUCUUCUGUCAUUGCUCCCAAGUUGAUUGUGGACUCUCUCUCCAAGACCACUAUCAUCUCAUUAGAAGGCUGCCUGACUCAGCUCUUUGCAGAACAUUUCUUUGGUGGUGUGGGGAUCAUCCUUCUCAUUGUGAUGGCCUAUGACCCCUAUGUGGCCAUCUGUAAGCCCCUGCACUACACGACCAUCAUGAGCUCUCGCGUGUGCUGUCUGCUGCUGGGAGGGGCCGGGUUGGGGGGAGUUUUCCACGCAGCAAUACAGCUUCUCUUCAUGUAUCAAAUACCCUUCUGUGGCCCCAAUGUCAUUGAUCACUUUAUGUGUGAUUUGUUUCCCUUGUUGAAACUGGCCUGCUUGGACACCCACACCCUUGGUCUUUUAUUCAUCCUCAACAGUGGGGUGAUGUGUGUGACCAUCUUCCUUAUCCUCAUCAACUCCUAUGUGGUCAUCCUCUGCUCCCUGAGGUCUCGUAGCUCUGAAGGGCUGCGCAAAGCCCUCUCCACCUGUGGCUCCCACCUCACUGUGGUCAUCUUGUUCUUUGUGCCAUGCAUUUUCCUGUAUGAGCGGCCUGUGACCACUUGCCCCAUAGACAAGGCAAUGGCUGUGUCCUUUACCAUUGUUGCGCCCAUGUUAAAUCCAUUGAUCUACACCCUGAGGAACAGGGAGAAUGCCAUGAGGAAACUGGUGAAAUGA